CCGAAAUAGUUUCAACCUGCCACUUCCUUGUUUUUCAAAAGUUUAUUUUGAAAGAAGUUGGUUGCGUUUUCGGCGUCUCCUGUACUCAAAUCCACCUGUUUAACAGUCAAGCUCGCUGUAUCUUUAGCAGUGUUUGACUAAACGCAUGAAGAGCUUUGAUGGUUCAUGACAGUGGCUAGCUCGUAGGCUGGCUCUUGAUUUUGGAGGGGGAAACACGGAGAGUUUGAUCGCGGCGGCAGCAGAAUGUUAUCCGCCUCCGCUGCCAGUGUCGAGGAUUUCAGCCUCAGGUUUCCACUGCAUGUCCUGGUGUGGGAGAAUGAUUACAGAAAGCUGGAAACAGAGAUACAGACGAGUAACAUUGAAGAGGUGGAUCCUAGGGGCCGGACCCCUCUGCAUCUGGCCGUCUCACUAGGACACUUGGAGUCAGUCAGAGUGCUGCUGAGACACGGUGCAGAUGUUGCCAAAGAAAAUGGCAAAAACUGGACUGUGUUGCAGGAAGCGGUCAGCACAGGAGAUCCAGAGAUGGUGCAGUUGGUGCUCCAGAGGCGAGAUUAUCUUAAAGCCUCCACUGCGCUUGGUGGCGUUCCAGAGUUACUGUGCAAGAUCCGCGAGUCUCCAGAUUUCUACAUGGAGAUGAAGUGGGAGUUUACUAGCUGGAUUCCUCUCGUGUCCCGCGUGUGUCCCAGCGACGUGUGCCGAAUCUGGAAGAGUGGGGCCUGUCUGAGGGUAGACACCACCCUGCUGGGCUUUGAAAACAUGACCUGGAUCAGAGGAAGAAGAAGCUAUAUCUUUAGAGGAGAGGACAACUGCACUGAGCUAAUGGAAGUGAAUCACGAGGAUGAGGUGGUGGAUACAGAGCGCUUUGAUCUGUCCCGUGAGAUGGAGGACGUCACACUGGACUCUAUGCAGCCUGCCGAACAGGAAGUUGCAAAGAGGCUGACGACAUCCAUUGUCAACACAUAUCUGGACACAAAGGACAUUGCUUUUGAGAGGGCCAAAUCUGGAAUCUGGGGUUGGAGGUCAGACAGAACAGAAGUGGUAAAUGGAUAUGAAGCCAAGGUUUUUUCAGUGAACAAUGUGAACGUUGUGAUUCGCACCAGGACGGAGCACCUCACAGACGAGGAGAAGGCCAGGAUAAAAAGUGAAAGGAAUGUUCUGGAAUCUUUACUGGGCACGGUAGAACAACAGAUCGGUGCUCAAGGGGACAUGACUAUGGAGUUUGCCACUGCCACAAACCCCACAGCUAUUACUCCAGAGGAGUACUUCAACCCCAACUUCGACCUGCAGGGCAGAGACAUCGGCCGGCCCAUUGAGCUCACCAUCAGAACACAGAAGUUUAAAGGCACUCUGUGGAUGAGUGAGGAACAUCCUCUCUCUCUGGUAGAGCAGGUCACUCCUAUUAUUGACCUGAUGGCUCGCACCAGCACUCACUUCGCCCGACUCAAGGACUUCAUCAACCUCAGGUUUCCCCCUGGCUUCCCGGUGAAGAUCGAAAUCCCUCUGUUCCAUGUUUUGAAUGCCCGCAUCACUUUUGGAAGUGUCAACAAGUGCAGUACUGAUGAGCCGCUGGACACCAAAACACCGGCUUCUACACCCACACCUACUGAAGAGACGUGCGACAACCAGGCAGCAGCUCCUGCAGGACCUGCUCCAUUAUUCCAGGUUAGUCCAUCUGUGUUUUUGGCUCCUGCACACUAUCACCAUCGAGGAGGCUAUCGACACGCAAACCCACGCCAGUACAACCCAGUCAAUCACGAUGAAGAGCUGCUCCAGUACGCCAUUCACCAGAGUCUGCUGGACUCCAGUGUGCUCAACUCUCAGGACACUUGGAGUGAUUCUGAUGGACAGGCGACACAAUCCAUGACAAACCGCUUGAGUGAUGGGUCUGGUUCUGAGGGCGUUCUGGUAGACCUCAGUGACACCACGCCCUCCAGCUCUGGCUCCGCCUCUAGCCCAGACACUGACCUGCGAUUGGCCAUGGAGCUCUCGGCCCGCGCGCAAGAGGAGGAGGAAAAGAGGAGGAAAGAAGAAGAAGAGGAAUUAGAGAGGAUUUUACAACUCUCCUUAACAGAAAAGUGACAAAAUAAUGUGUGCGGUUGGACGGCAUUGCUUGCUGACUGAGGUUCUGAUGUGAUAAAUGUGGAAGAACCUGCCCGGCUCUGUUCGGGAAUCUCGCUGUUCCUUCCUCCUGUAGCUGACAGCGCUAUUUAUUUAGUCAAAAUGUGUUGAUUCAUUUUUUUAUUUUUCUUGAUGUCUUGAAUGUUCAGCUUUUUGUUCUGUAAGUGUUUUUAAAGGAGUAUUGACUUCCAGCUUGCAGUAUCUCUCUCACUACUUUUUGUAUGACGAACCAGUGUGCGCUUGAACCGAUUUUGUUUUUUAACGUUAUCCUCAUUGUAUGCCAUUAAUAGACAGAAAUCGUAUUUUGCUCUUCCAGUAGUAAACAAGGAUCUGAGAAUGGUUAGAGCCACAAUCUUGCAUUGAUUUAUUAACAGGACAUAUAUUUUAGGGUUUUUUAUGCUGUGUUUAAAUAACAAAUUGAAAAAAAUAUACAAAUAAAUUCUGGUUAUGGUUAUUAGCACAUCAUUAAUCCGGGAUACAGAAUUCAGUUUCAUUAUUUAAACAUGAUUUAACUUUUGGUAUUUGGGUGUAAGUCUUAACUCUAAUUAAUUGCCAAAAUGUUUAUUGGUUUGUGUACCUGAUCAGGGUUUAGCGUCGGUUUGAUUCCUGGUUAAUUGUCAUGCUGUAAGAUCAAGUAUCCUGUUUUUUUUUAGCAUGUUAAAGAAAUCCUAAAGGCAUUUGUAAAACUGUGAUGUAUGUUUGACAAACACACACACACAAAAAAGGUUUUUACUUAAAUAAAAGCACUUUAUUGACGUUAUGGCGCUUUGUUAACUAUAAGACAGUCAAAUAAAUUAUAAAAACAGCA